AUGACAAGUACCAACGAGCUAGAAAAGCGUUUGCUUACACGAUGCUACGAUUCUAAUGAGGAAAUUCUAAACAUUCUUGAGACAAGAUACUCCACCGAAGGGGAACAAAAGCCAACAAUUCUCUUCAAACAUGUCAAGAAACCCACCAAGAACAACCGCAAAUCCAUCUUACUCACGCCUUCUCCAACAGAUGACAAGAUUCCGCAAAGUAGGAAGAGAUCUACCAGAAACGAGCUAAAACAGUACAUCAGUACAACAAUCACCAAUCAACGUAAAUUAAUCAAACGAGUACGUGGGUACAAGCGCAACAACCAACCAUUUAGUGUUGAGCCAAUGCUCAAUCAGUAUAGCGUACCCAAGUUUGAAGAUUUCAUCAAAAUGAAUGAUUUAUGGCAAAGCUAUAUACAAGAUCUUUUAGGUCUUGACGAAACUACGUCCCUAAAUACGUCUGUCAUUUUGCCUAAACUAGUCAAUGCUGAUUUUAAUGGAUGCUUAUUAACAGUACUACAAUCGCGCAACAAUGAAGUUGUGGGCGCCAGGGGAAUUGUCGUAUGGGAUUGUCAACAUUCAUUUAUAAUGGUUGUGCCUCGCGGAAGAGACUAUAAAGAGUGGACUCCAAAAGUCGAGAACAAUGCUGAUCUUGCCAAACAAUUAGAUCCAGCUGCUUUAGUUGGUGGGUUGAAAGUAAUUCCUAAACAGUAUACUUUGUUUGGAUUCGAUGUUGUUUUGCCAAAGAAAGAACCAAGUCAGGAUGGAGAGAUGGAGGUGGAUAACGAGUCUCAAGAAGUGGAGAGUAUCGGGUUUACGUUAAUUGGAUCAAGAUUUGAAAUACGAAGUGUUGAACGAUCAGCUAAAAAGUUCAAGAAUCACGCUGUUGAUGAUCUACUAUAG